AUGUAUAGAGGUCGCAACGCCGCCGUGAACGGUAAGAGCAAACACGAAUCUGCGAAAUGCCAUGAUGAAAAAAACGCUCAGGGAGACAAAUCCAUGUAUGUAAACAUCUCCUAUCACAUCAGAAAAUUAUUUAGUUAUUGUGACGCGGAUAUUCUAAGGAUAGAACACAAUUUAAUCAUAUAUAACAGCUUAAUUGACAAUAUAAAAAAGAAUGGGAACAAAAUUGUAAAAAAAGAAGUGGAAAAAAUAAUUAGGGAAAAGGAAAAAAAUGAAAAUUAUUCCCUGGCCGAAAUGAAGGAUGAGGAAUACAAGAUAAGCAAUUUUGAUUUGAAAAAGGUGGAACUAGACUUCAAAUUCAUCGAAUGUAGUCUAUGUUUCGAGUUAAUAAAAUUUGUGUGCAUACAAGAAUGCAACCACACUUAUUGCUUUCUGUGUUUUUAUCGUCUCUUGUAUAUGCAAAAGAAAGAGAAGGAUGAGGAUGAGGAGAAUAGCAGAGGAACCAACGCCCCUCGUGACAACACCACCAGCAGCAAUAGUGCGUACGCGAAUUAUGAAGAUCACGAACGGUACGUCAGUUACGAGUCAUCUCAGUUUGCGGAGCUGAAUGGGAGUAGCUACCACAAAAGGGAGGAUCUCACAGGGAAAAGUGCACAGGGAGGAGCCACCCCCUUGACUGACUCCUCACGUAGUAUGAUUUCACUCAACACGGCUGCUCUAUGUGCACACGAAGGGAUGGAAGAAGAAGAAAAAUCUAUGGAGGAAAUCCACGCAGUGAACCUAGGCCAACCUCCCCCAAAGGUGGAAAGCCAAAAGGGAAUAAACUCAUUUUCUGUUACAGAAAAAGGAAUGGGUGAUGGGUACCUUCCCAGUAAAGAACAAAUAAACUGUAUGACCAAAAAUGAUAUCAAGAAGGUGUUCUCAUCCCACUAUGAUGACGUUAUAAUUUUACGAAAUAUUUUAAAAAAGAAUGUAGACAAUAAUAAUGCCAAUGAAGGAAAUAGCAGUGCAACCAAAAAAGGUGAAAAUUUGUAUUUGUUUUUUUAUUACGAAAAAUAUAUUAAAAGGAAAAGAGAAAAAAUAAGAUACCUGUUGAACGGAGGAGUGAACACAGAAAAGAGGUAUGCAUUUUAUGCAAAAAUAUUUGUCGACACAGAAAGGAAGGUGUUCUUCGAAUAUUUUUACAUCUACAGUUUAUCGACCCUAUUGACAAGUUACGUCUGUCUGCUCUCUCCAUGUAUCGAUUACUGGACACAAAUCUUAAGUAAAAAGGUGGAAAAAUUUAAACAAAAUCAUAGCAUAGAUAAGUACUUUGAACGUAUUUACAUAAAAAACGAAAGGGACAUUUUGAGAAAAAAAACGACUCAAUAUAUGACAAGUAUCAACAGUAUGGGUAUAAAUUAUUUCGUAUAAAUGAAUGAACAUGGCAAGACUUAUUGUGACAUCUGUGUUGGUAAUAGUGACAAUAUUUUCCUCUUCGAGUAUAAUAUAUUUUUUAAAAGGUUUAUAAGAAUGCACGUUGAAAAUGGAGAGAAGAUUGCGGAGAAUAAAUAUAAAAUAAGGCACAUUUAUUGCCACCUCUGUGGAUUUUACCUGUACGAUUUUGAUACGUUCAUGAAUCACAUUAACAAGUACCACUUUUUUUGCAAAUUUUGCUUUAAUAAGAGGCCCAGCGACAGCAAGGAAGCGCCCAAGGGCGACUUGCAGGAGGACGUCGUCUACUAUGACCAGCUGCACACGCACGUCUACAGAAACUACGAAAAUCUAUUCGAGCACUACAAGAAGAAGCACCACCCCUGCUUGUACGAGCAGUGUAUCUUCGUCGUCUUUGACAAUAAGAUCGACCUGUGCUUCCACCUAGCGGAGAAGCACGAGGAGAAGGGGAAUAACAAAAGGAAUAAAAUAACGUUUUCCAUAGCUGGGGCUUCGUACAACGAGAUAAGAAGUAGUGCGCACAAUGGGACAAGUAGCUACAACACGGGGGCGAGCAGCUACAACACGGGGGCGAGCAGUUACAACAUAGGGGCGAGUAGCUACAACACGGGGGCGAGCAGUUACAACACAGGGGGGAGUAGUGUGCACAACCAUCGCCUAGACGAAGAUGAUCUCACAGGAGAGAGCAAGGAACCGUUUGACGUGAACAGACACAAAUGCAUAUACAACUUUAAGAGUUUCCAUGACGCAUGGUACUUUGACUAUUUCAUCGAGUGUAAAGUGAAAGAUUUUUUAAACUAUUUUGGAAGCAGCGAAAAAAUAUUUUUCCUAUACAUGGCCAAAAGAGACAUGGAGAUCAUUUUGAGAGUAUUCGAAACUCUGUCCAGUAAAAAAUCGGAGUUGUAUUUUACGCAGGAGGAGAUAAUACAGCUGAACAAGAAAAUAAUUGAGGAGGACUUCCCCCAGGAUCGAAACAACUUCUUUCAUUUCAAAUUAUUUUUUGAUUAUAUAGUGGAGAAAAUAGAGUACUUAUCUUAUAAUAAGGAAGACUUGGAAAAAAAUUAUUUGUACCUCUUUUUUAACAUCAUAAUUAAUAGGUCCUUCAUUUUGUACUAUUCGUUUUUUUAUCUCUUCUUGAAGUCGAGGCAUGUGCGCCUGGAGAAGGUGAUUGAAUUUGUCAGCGUCGCGGCGACGGCUACGGCGAAGGCUACUUCUUCUGCUACUUCUACUGCUACUCCUAGCGGGGGGCGCGGUGCUAGGGGGGGUAGGAAUAGCGGAACGAAUGGCUGCCCCCCUAACAGCGUGAAUAGCGACAAAACGAAGCACAUUUACCUGUGCUCGCACGAAAUGACGCAAGUGAAGAAGCGGAUAGAGGCGGAAGCCAGUUGUGGCCCCAUCGAACUGAGCAAAUACGGCUUCUUAUAUUUGAUCUUUUUAUUUUUUAAAGUCGAUAAGCAUGGAUUUGAUAAGGUGUGCUUUCUAGUACGGAAUAUUUCGCACCUGUGCAGUGAGACGUACGAUCGGGUAGAGAAAGCGACAAAAAAAGGGGAUACUUUCUUCGGGCGGGAUGCGUACAAUGGAGGAGCCCCCAAGUCGAGUACGUUAAAAAGCAACCCAAGUGCUACCCAUAACAGUAGUAACAACAGCAGUAGUAGCAUUCUAAUAGCGUUAUCUUCUCACCAAAGCGAAAAAGGAAAGAAGGAAGUACGAAAUGGGAAUACCUUGCUAGAUGCAAUCAACAUCAGCAGUAGUAGCAACGAAUUGAACGACCUGGAAGACAUUAACCAACUAAUUAAAAAGACCAUGAAGAAGAAAAAUCCAAAUAGCAACAUAAUAAAUAAUUUGUAUGAUAAAAAAUGGGAUGUGUCCAAAAAAGUGGUCCUCGAUUUGCUGUAUUAUGUAGAACCCAACUUAAACUUGGUUUCCUUCUUUUACCUUUUUCUGAGUAACUACUUUUCAGCAUACAUGAAAGACCCCUGUAUAAAUAAAUUUAUUAAUAUCUCCAGUGAAAACAAGAAGAAAAUUGUUAAGAGAAUAUCAAAUGACGUCGAUUUGGCUUCUCUCACAAGCAUCUCCAAAAAUUUGGGUUCCUUUGUCAACGCGAAGGCUCUGGAGGAGUGCUUGUCUACAGGCCCGGAGUACUAUCGAAUUAGGAAAGACAUAGAAGUCAUUCUACGCAAAAUGCGCAGUGAGCAAGCUGACAAGGAGGACCACCAAGAGAUGAACAGAAAGAAGGGAGAUCAUCAGUACCAUCGCGAUCAGCGUGAUGGACACUUGAAACGAGACAAGCUAUCGCAGGACGAAAAAAAACACCACGUAAGAACCAUCGAGGAUACCAGAUUGAAUGCAAACCUGUAUGAUGUCUCCCUUUCGCUUAGAAACCGAUUCUUAAACAUAAUAAAAAGUACCAAGGUGAAUGAGCUGUAUUUUAUUUAUUUCUACGUAAGCAGCAUAAUGGCUUCUACCACCCCAAGUAGCUUACCCAAAGUGGUAGAGGAGUUCCCCACGCUAAAGGACAGAUCCGAAUGGGUGAAUGAGCGAAGUGGUGGUGGAGGCAUAAUAGGGAUCACUGCCAGCCAUAGCAGCCAAACUAAGGCAAGUAACAUGUCGAGGAAUGGUACACUGAAUACUGCAAGUAGCAUUGGGAAAAGCGCAACAGCUGCAGGAAAUAAUGCUUCUAUACAAUCCACGUCGUACAAAAAUAAGGUUGAUAAGAACAAACAGCUAUUUUCAAACUCGACUAGAUUGAAUAUCGAUUUGGAGUUCCCUCCGCUACCAGAGCAGAAGCAAGAAGAAAUAAUUCAGGCACCACCAAAGAGUAGUACAUCUAAGAAAAAAAAGACAACAAAGGAAAAUGCCACACCCUCGAACAGUGUCGUGGCGACAGGGAAAGCUGCAAACAGUCAGGUGCUAACCAACAUCAAUGUAGACUCUAAUUCAGCCAAAAAAGGGAAAAGCAAAAGCAGGGACCCUGGGGAAGGGGCGGAGAAGGACAAGAAGUCCAAGUCGAAGGAAAACACAAGUGCAGCUAAAAGUAAAAAGAGUCGUGAUAUUCUAAAAACGUUUAGUCCUCUCGAAUUUCCGUCCCUACUUCCCUUAUCCCCCGUAGAUAAUCAGAAAAAAAAAACCACCCAAAGCAGUAGCGACAUUCCAAGUGUCAAUAAUGUGAGUAGUAAAGCCAAGUCGGACAAACAGAAGAAAAAAAGUGACAAGAAGAACAUUGACAAGAACAAUAUUGACAAUCAGUUCCAUCACCCAACACUCUCUCUCAAUAACAUGUCUUACUUAAACGUCCCUGAAAGUAACGUCACCUACACCAUUAAGAAGAAAAAUAAGUUGAAGAGGUGCAACAUGUGCACGUAUGAAAAUACGUCUGAACGGACGAGGUGCGAACUGUGUGAAAAUCCCUUGUGA